AUGUUUUCAGUUCUACGAGCGUCAAGGCUUUUCGUUCGACGUCCUCUAUAUAUCUGUUGUAUUAGAUUACAGUCGAAAAAGCCCAACCAUUUAUCACAAUUCAACGAUGCCAAGCUAAGAGAAAUUAUUGAGGGAACAAACUUUGGAACAGAAUCGGCAAAACAAGAAAAACUUGAAGAAGAAAGAAAGAUAUUGGAAAAAGAAAGACAGGUGGAAAGACAGAGAGAAAAGAGAGGUGAUCGCGAGGCAAAAAUCGCCGAUGCUAAUGAAGAAAAUAGAGCCAAUUUCUCGUCAACAGAGUCAGGAAAGCUCAAGGGUAAAGAUACUCUAAGAGAUACUACAAAGGAUGGACUUUGUGUCGAAAAUAAAAUCAUUGCCACUACUGAAGGCGCCGUUGACGAUUCGGAUAUACCUAAUUUGGCAAAGGAGAUUAAUGACUCUAUUCAAAAGGAGAUAAGCGGACUACCUUCUCAGAAACAGCAAAACCAGAGUGCUAUGACCAAAAAGAUAACCAAAUAUUUGGACUCUGCUCAUGACACAAUACUCACGGUCACAAGAGCCCUCAACGAUGUUACAGGAUAUUCGGCAAUUGAGAAAUUAAAGAUUUCCAUUCAGGAACAAGAAGCAGAUCUAAAGGAAGCUAAGAAGUAUGUCAAAGAGUGCAAAGUCAAGUAUGGCGAAGCCAUUCAAAAACGAUCGCAUUCUCAGCGAGAGGUGAAUGAGCUAUUGACAAGGAAGCAUAAUUGGUCGCCACAAGACUUGGAAAGAUUCACUGAGUUGUAUAGAAAUGAUCACGAAAAUGAACAUUGGGUGCAAAACUGCGAGAAACAAUUGGAAGAAGCUGAGCUGAAAGUUGACGGGAUCCAGUUGAAAUUGACGCAACUGAUCUUGACAAGGUACCACGAAGAACAAAUUUGGUCCGAUAAAAUUAGAAGAUCUUCUACUUGGGGAACUUGGGUCUUGAUGGGACUAAAUGUUUUAUUAUUUGUCGUGGCGACUUUCCUUGUUGAGCCUUGGAAGAGGAAAAAAUUGGUGUUGGGAUUUGAGGAUAAAGUCAAGUCAGUAUUAGUUGGGAUAUCCAAAGAGGAUGAAGCGAUUUUGAAUCCAAUAUUGGAUAAAAUGGAGCAAGAAAAUGUAAAUGCAGAACAGGCAGAACAGAAACAGGAACAAGAAAUACCACUACUUGGUGAUUUCAAAGAUGAAAAACACCAGCUACUGCCUCUGGUAAUUACAGCACACGGAGUAUAUGAAAAUGCAAAGCAGAAAUCAAUCCAAGGUUGGCAAAAACUCAAACAGUUGUGCAUUACAAACUACGUGGCACUAACUUCACCGGAAAUCCAUUACCUCAAGCUUGAUAAACUCGAGUUUGGAAUUUUCACUUUAAUCAUUAGCAUAUUAUCGUGUAGUCUUGGAAGUAUACUCACCCUAAUUUAUAAAUAG